AUGAUAGCCUAACAUAUAAGCUUGCAGCUUCCUUUUCAGGACCACCGCAUGCAUGGUGGGAAGUACUAUGUUUCUCCUUCACCGAGGGUCGACAGGGUGCAAGACGUCCCACUUCCCACGCAUCGCGUUGACGCCGCGGUCACGAGCGAUUCAAACCUACCUAUUAAUACUGCUGUUCGCCGCAUUCCGCUCGCCGCAUUUUCCUCGUUUUCUCGACCUCAAGCUCGACCUGGAUAUUGAACCCUUCACUGUUCUGCUAUUACCAGAACAAGCAUAGCAAUAUGCACUCUAGCGAGGCCGCAGCGGCUACGCACGGCAUGGACCAUUCCUGGUUGCCGGAUUGCUUAGAGAUCUGCACCAUGGCUCAAUCACACCACAAGAAAGCUUCUGAUCGUUAACGUACUCUCAUUCAGCACGACCAGGUGCUUUAGUUCUCCUCAGUGGAUUGGCUACACCUCCCACUCACUGCACGCUGUCCUAGGAUUGGAGCCCCUUCAAUGGACGACGCUGUGUCGUAUCAUAGCUAUAGUGGCAAUUCAGGCUCCGCUACCCACUUAUUCAGUCAUGUUACUCGGUCGCUGUUCAGCUGCACACCAUCAUGACCAGCUCGCUGUCGGCUGCUGUACCGCUAACCGCAGACUCAACGCCGUCGAUACAUCGUUGUCGUGGCGAUCAUAGGUCCCCGGC